AACGUGCGAGCGAGCUAGCUAACGGGGACCAGAAAGGAGGGCGGAAGAAGGGGGAGUGAACCGUACUCGCGCGCGCGAGAGACCGAGAGGGAAAAUCCGGUUGCCUGGCGACGAGCCAUCUAGUUCGAUCCCAGCCAGCCACCCGACCAGCCACCCUCUCCUCCGGUCUUUCCUCGUCAUCGUCGUCGUCGUCGUCGUCGUCGUCGUCGUCGUCGUCGUCGUCGUCGUCGUCGUCGUCACAGGAGCGACGACACCGCUGCGUCGUAUCGAGGAGACCCAGUACUCCGCUCUGCUCCGCUCUGUUCCGUUCCAUUCCGCUUCACUCCACUUGAUUCCGUUCUGUGUUCUGUCGCGCUCCGGCUCUGGUUGGGCUUUUCUUCCCGAGAGCCGAUCAUCUCUCGGCAAUGAGAAAGAGAGAAAGAGAGAGAAGACAAGAGAGCAACCUCGCUCUCUCUAUCUCUCUUUGAGAUCGUUUUCUCGCCGUUGGUCGCGUGGGACGCGACCAACUUCGCGUCCGACAUCCGAGGAUACCCAUUGUCAGUGUCUCCGUUUCCAAUCCGCGGAAGAGUCGGGAAAAGAGUCACCCUUCUCACUGCCCGUACUGCGAGGCAUCAUCGCGUGCGUGUGCGUCGUGUGUCGCGGGGUGAUUCGAUAUUCUGGUGGCGAUGAUACCUCUGCUUGUCGUCGAUGUGUGAAUUUCCGGCGACGCGCGGGGACAUUUCCGAGAGCUUAUCCGACUGAUCUCUUCCGCGGCGCGAGUAUGCGUGAUUGUGACGUGUGACAGCGUGGGAAAUUGCGAGUAUUACGCCCACGCUCUUUCUCUUUUCCCUCCGGCGAGAGAGAAAGAAAGAGAGAUCGUGGCAAGUGCGUUUCCCAAGGACGUCGUUCCCGGUGCAUCUCGCGCGGCGCACGGCGCGCGGCGCGCGGCGCGCUGCAGGCUUGCGCGCACAGGUGGUGUCCUUCGCCUGUCGUAACAAAGCGAGAGGAACUGCGCCCGGCGCCCUUUCGUUUUCGCCUCCAUGAAAUUAUAACAGCGAUCUUCUCGCGAGGAGAAGAAUAGACAUAGGAACCGCGGUACGAAUGAGAGAAGGCGGCGAAAAAUAAUUAGUUUUAACACACACAACGUAUUACACAAGUGUCGAUGUCGUGUAAAAUUAAGACAAAUAAGAUGUAUCAAGAUUAAAUAAAAGUCAUACACACACACACACAAAAUAAGAAAGGGAGAGAUAAAAUGUCAUUGAUCCGAAAUAGAAAAAAUUAAGAAAGCGCGACGAAAGAAGGAGAGAGCAGAUUAAGAGACAAUUUCUCCUCGACGCGAAUCCGAUAUUAAUCUUCAAGUGUGCGAGGGUAAUCAGAAGCAGAAACGAGGAAGAUGAGCGUAGACCGUUGUCACAGUUGGCGAGAUCUCGCAGGCAGGAGCAUCCUGGAAGCGACAACGGCGGCGGCGGCGGCGGCGACGGUAGCCUUCGAUGAAACGCCGUCGUACGGUUCAACGACUUACGAGUUGCGCCCAUAGAGAGCUACGUUUGCACGUAAGGUUCGCGCGCUUAACUGACUGCCUCUUUCCGGAACGUGGCGUAAUACGCGCGACCUGGAUCGUCGCCAACUAUCGGAGAUCGGUUUGACUGAACAACGACGACAAGACUCUCUCGCUCUCUAGUUUCUUCAACAUGUAAUUCCAACAACGAAUCGAAAGUACGAGAGUACAGUUCCUCGCACGACGAAUCAUCGAAUUUACCUUGGAACGAUACGAAAAUUUCCGCGGCGGAAUUCGUGAUAUAGAGCGACAACCGCACACCUACGUUACUCGUGAUUAAAAUGCGAGACUCGUCUUUGAUGCGCCGCGCAAUUGUGGCCGUGAUUCACACGACAGAGAUAUCGCAGAUCCGUACUCUAGAUUAAGUGAUAAGAAGAAACUGUUUCGUUUCGGAAGAGGCGACGCACUCUCUGGAAAAUCCUCGGAUCUUUUUCUCACGGACAGAAAUCUACACGAUUCACGGCAUCAUGUUCCAGUGCAUCAUACAGCAGAGGAACGGCUGGAUUCAUCCUUACACUCCCGACACCAAGGACGUUUUCCCAGAUAUACGGCUACAGCUGAACGAGCAGCUGCGAUGUCUCGACGUGAGGAUGGAGGCGCAAGUCGCCCUCGUGGCCGAGCUCCAGGAUUUUUUUCGCAAAAGGGCGGAACUGGAGCUGGACUACAGCAAGUCUCUCGACAAGAUGGCCAGGAGCAUACAGUUGCGGCAUAAGGAGCAGAAACAAAAGCGGGAACAAUGGCCCCUGUUCUCCAGCUACGCCUGUUGGCAGCAGCUCGUAAACGAGACCAAGUCCCUCAGCAGGGACCAUGCCGCCCUGUCCGAGGUUUACAGCACCCACCUCGUGGGCCGUCUCAAUCAGGUGAUGGAGGACGUGCAGCGAAUUUACAAGCGUUGUCGUGAGAUCGGCUACGAGACACAUGAGGAGAUAUUGCGAGUGCUACACGAGCUGCAUACGACGAUGAAGACCUACCAUGCCUAUCAGGCUGAAUCCAGGCAGGCGGAGACGAAGCUCCGCGUUGCCGAGCAGCAACGCAACAAGCUCGAGGUGGCGAACGCGGACAGCCGUGAGAAGCUCGCGCGCAGUAAGAAAUACAAGCUCAUCGAGAAGGAAGUCAAUAAGAGGAAGAGCAAGUACCAAGAGGCAAAACUGAAGGCACUCAAGGCGAGAAACGAGUAUAUCCUGUGCUUGGAAGCUUCCAACACGACGAUACACAAGUAUUUCGUCGAUGACCUGUCCGAUCUUAUUGACUGUAUGGACUUUGGAUUCCACAAUUGCAUAGCAAGAGCACUGCUGAUGCAUUGCAGCGCGGAGGAGGGUAGGCAACGUUCUCUGCAAUCUGGCGCCGAACAAUUAGCUGCGUUCGUCGGUGCACUCGACUCCCGGGCGGAUAAGCAGAGAUUCCUGGAGUCUCAUCACGCGGCCUUUAUGAUUCCUAAGAAGUUUGAAUUCCAAGGACAGCGUGGAGAUGAGACGCCUGAACCCGAACUGCAAAAGAUGCUGCACUCGGAGAUGGAACAACGAUUGCAGCAACUACAGCAGAGGGUGACGUCUUUGCGAACCGAAUCGGAGGAGGUGUGGAAGACACUGGAAACGGCGGAGGCUAGCCUUCUCGAGAUGCUGACCGCCAAAGAUUACGACUGUUCGAGAUACUUUGGCGAGAAUGCUGUACCUACGUCGAGGCCGCCGGAGACACUGCAGAUCAAGUUGCGAGCUGACAGACAGGAGACUGAAGAAUUCUACCUCACGAAAUUCAGGGAGUACCUUCUCGGGACGUCGAGAAUAGCCAGGUUAGACGCGAAACAGGAGUACAUCCGGCAGAGCCUUUUGGAUGGCUCAAACGCCAGUCCAAACCCGUCGAUUUCCGCGACGAAGCAGAAGCAGGCGCGUCGCAAGCGAAUCGGUCGCCUGCAGAUGAACGGUCAACCGAAACUGUUCGGCGGUUCACUCGAGGAGUACUUGGAGAGCACAAAUCAGGAAAUACCGCUGAUCAUGAAGAGUUGCAUUCGCGUGAUCAAUCUGUACGGCUUACACCAUCAGGGUAUCUUCCGCGUGUCGGGGUCGCAGGUAGAAAUUAACAACUUCCGCGAGUGGUUCGAGCGUGGCGAGGAUCCACUUGCGGAUGUUACCGACGCUUCGGAUAUCAACAGCGUCGCUGGCGUGUUGAAGCUCUAUCUGAGGGAGUUGCGCGAACCCCUCUUUCCCAUCAUUUAUUUCGAGCAUCUGAUGGAAUUGGCGCAGCUCGAAUCGAAGCAAGAUUUUGUUAACAAGAUGAAGGAAAUGAUUGCGAGUCUGCCGCGACCAGUCGUAAUCGUUAUGCGAUAUCUUUUCGCUUUUCUCAACCAUCUGUCGGAAUUCUCGGAUGAAAAUAUGAUGGAUCCCUACAACCUGGCUAUCUGUUUCGGUCCGACCUUGGUGCCUGUUCCGGAAGACAAAGAUCAGGUCCAAUAUCAAAAUCAGGUCAAUGAGCUUAUUAAAAAUAUUAUCACCUUUUGUGAAGAAAUUUUCCCAGAGGAUAUCGGAGGCACUCAAUACGAGAAAUACAUUAGCAGGGAACCCGACGACGUGGAUGUGGGGGAUUCGCCGACGGAUCAAGCUCAGGAAGACAUGGACUCGGAAGUUUACCCGUCCGAAGAUGAAUCGGAGAAUCUCGAAGCUACAGCUCAGUUUGAUUUUAAUGCGAGAUCUGAAAGAGAGCUGAGUUUCAAAAAGGGCGACACCUUGACGCUGUACACGCAGGUCAGCAAUGAUUGGUGGCGGGGCGCUCUGGCUGGCAGAGAGGGAUUGAUUCCCGAUAAAUAUAUUAUGCUCAAGAUAAAGGAUGAGGAGCGUGAGAAGGAACUUUUAAAAUCGUCCAGCGAGGAAUCUAUGCGCAGAAGAGCGUCUAGUUCAGCGGAUAGCGUAUUAUCAAGUAAUAACUCGCCGCUCAUGGGCCCGUCAGCGAAUCCAAGCACCUGGUCAUCCGGCGCGGCGUCCGAUAUGUCAUCAUCCGCCACGACGAACAUGAUAACGGACAAUAGUAAUGCCAGUGGUAUUAUCGCGUCUGUGGUGACGAAUGUGCCCUGCAUCUCGUCGUCGGCGCAACCGAUCAUCAGUCGAGAGAUGAGAUCAAAAGGAAUGCCGCUCGCGCAGGGAGCCUGCUUGUCUCCAGCGGAUAUUCUUUCGGCUUCCGAGGCUGAUUCCGUGACUUCGUCGAGGCCGGCCAGGACGUCCACUCCUACGGAAAACGAGAAGCAUUCGGAGCAACAUCGGAAUAACGCGGAUGGCAUUCUCCAGGUUGCCCUGGAAAAUAAUGUCGACUGCGGCAUCGACGGCGGUAGCGCGAAUUCCACUCAGCAGCAGCAGCAGCAGCAGCAACGAGGCGGAGGCAGCAAUGAGGAGAUCGCCAACGAGGAUCUGGGGCGCAACGUCCUGGCAAUGAUGUCGUUGGAUGGUAUCGUGACGAAACGCAGCGCCGCCGGUCGAAAGCAGCAGCAUUGGAAGUCGCAGAGCGUCGGCGAGAACGUGCUGGCGCAGCAGCAUCAGCAGCUGCAGUUGCUGUCGCACGCGAACUCUAUGCCAACCUCGACGACAACAAUCGCCGCGAUAGCGGCGGGAACGACAACAACGACGACAACGACCAUCUUAACGCCGGAUGCCGACGAGUCGCAUCAGGAUCAACAGCAAACGACCAACUUCUCGGCGAACCGUGAACUCUGGCAGCGUCGCGCCACUUCCCAAACGCAGCCGACCCCCAGAUCGUCGUCCUACUCCCGCACAUCCCAGGAGUUUCGCGAGAUGAGACAGAAGCACACGCCCGACCUAGUGAUGGAUCUGCCGCUGUCGGCGCAGGAUCCGGUCGGCAAGAAAUCCGCGUCGUCCAGCAGUCUAAGUAGCUCGGACGAAGAGACGACGAUGCCGUUAUCCUUAUUGGCGCAGCAGCAGCAGCAGACGCCACCCUCGCGAGCGGAGGCGGCCACAUCGCCAACCGGCGGUCCCGAGUCACCGGACAUGAGCACCGCUGCCGAGCGCUUCGCCAAGCAGAAUCAGUGCACCCUGAAGAAAAACACGAAGACCGUGAAUUCAGAGAACGCCGCUACCACCGCUGGCAACAACAAGCUGAAGCGAAUCGAGACAACGGCGGCAGAGCAUGACGGAACGGGGGGCAUCGUCGUCGUCGACGUGGAAAACGACGAGAUCGUCCGAUCGGUCAGCUCGAAUCAGAUUACCGUCGACAGCGUCAGCGGUGGUGGUGGUGGUGGUGGUGGUGGUGGUGGUGGUAGCGGAGGAAGUAGCGGAAGUGGAGGGAUACCACUCAGGUCACCCUUGCCGCCGCGCUCCACCCCCAAAAUCGUCGCCAAGUUCGCCGACAUGCAUCUGACCGGCGGCAGCCAGGUGGUUUCGUCGUUCAAGCCGCAGGUCAAGGUCAAGCCGACGAUCCUGCGCAAACCGGUGUUGCCGUUUCCGCAUCCGCAUAUGAGCCCCGAGCUCGCGCGCAAGAUCGAGAAACAGGCGCAGAGCGCGGAGCAGGCCAACUAGAUUUUGCCAUACGAUCGUCGCCGAGCGGAGCCGAGAAAAGUCACAUUUAUUCGUGAUCGUCGUGCGCUUGGCACUCCGGCCAGCAGCGUUGCUUCUCGAGUUCACUGAUGAUAUUCAGGUUUCAAGAGAGACACGCGCAAGUUCCAUUUUUCCUGAUUCUUCCUAAAGUCGAAUCCCUCGAGUCGCGGUCGCUUUUCGAACGAUGUUACUUGACAAUAACCGUUCCCUGUCGCGAGCGCGGAGCCGCGUGUGGGAAAUACGAUAGAAAAAAAAGAAAGAGAAAAAACGGAACUUGGGCCAUCGCCGGGGCGUCAAGCCGUGAUCGCAGCCUCCGUCGAGAUCUCGUCGUUUCCGAGGCGAGCGUGUAACGUUAUAGAUUUUAGAGUGAUGUACGAAAACGCGACCACCCAUCGACCAGUUACUCCGCCCAGUCGCGAGGACUUGUACCGCAUUAAUUAUCGUGCCCGAGAAGAAAGGAAAGCCGCCGCGAGAUAGCGGCGCGCGUGUCAAAUCGAUGAUACAAAUCUUGGCGAAGCUGCGGCGCUAUCCUCGCGGGGACGAGUUUAUUUUUUCUACAGAUGUUUUCCAUUUUCGCAUAAUUUUUUUACCAAAUGAUUCGCGCGAAGCGACGUUUCUAGUCAUCGAGCGAAGAUAAGAAUAAGAGAAAAAAAAUGAGAAAAAGAACGAAAGAGAGAAAUGGAAGUGUGAAAGUGCGUGUGUGCGUGUGUGUAUGCAUGAGAGAGAGAGAGAGAAAGAAAGGGAAGGAGGGGGAGUGAGAGAAAAAGACGUUAGCAUCGAAGAACAUGUAAUGUUUGGAGGUAUAAUUUAUUUUUUAGCGCAUGCCCAAUGUAUACGUCAGUGAUGGAUUUUCCUGUUACUAUUGUCGCUCUAUACUCUUGAUGAGUACCGUCGCGAGUCGCGAAACGUAGCAAGCGCGUUCGAUGGUUCCUUUAUAUACGCGAGCGAAUGUCAGUAUGAGUUUAAAGAGAAAAAGAAAGAGAGGAGUAGGAGGAAAGAGGAUCGUGGCAUUCCUCGACCUUCUCACCUCCCGAGACGACUCCCUUGGUCACGAGUCUAGGUCGGUUUCCCUGUUACAGAGGACGGAAGUAAGAGAAUGAGAGAGAGAGAGAGAGAGAGAGAGAGAGAAGAGGGUCUUCGGGUCCCGCGACUUUUAUCGAUAGAUUUAUUGUAAUAGAAUAUGUUACACUACUAUGAUGUAUACCGCGUGCCGAUUUUAAUUAUAGGUACUAACUAAUCCAAACAGCGAUGUUCGAUAUAUUCGAGAUAAAGAUAAAGCAAGAGAAAGAGAAAAAAAAAGGGGAAAGAGAAUCUGGCUAGGUAAUUAUGACGACGAAGACGCGAAUAUUAAUCGAUUGACGCAGCGUCACAAGCUGUCGCUUGUUAUUCCAAUGAAAGGUACCAAUGAGAUGAGAGUAAAGGAAAGAGGAAGGAAGAAUUAAAGGGAACAGGAGACAGCAUACCCUCUGCGAUUCACCUCAAUGUUAUUCCCGCACCUUCCCCUAUAAUCAAUCGAGAGGAGGAGGAAGAGAGGAGGAACUUGUAUUCGUGAUUUAACGAUCUUAACUAUCGUAUACGUUAACACGCGAAAAAAAAUGUAUACCAUGUAAGUGCGUAUUUGCGAAGAGAUCCGUUCGCUUGACAGGAUUCACACGAAUCGACGGCGAAUUCCAAGAAUCGCGCGUUUUAAAACUAGCGCAAUGCUCCCCUCACUUUAUGUGUGUAUCGACUAAAUGUUUAGCACGUGUUAAGCGGUCUUAGCGUCAUCGGCGUUGUUACAAACUUUGUCACGGAUAUCCAUAUUAAUGUCUCGAUGCGCACGAUUAAUUCGCGUCCCCUAAAAGUGGAACCCUUGGCUUCUGGGAGGAGAUUUUGGUCUAGAAAGUGAGGUAAACUUUGUGAUUUUUUGAAAACUAUUGAAUAUAGAAGUGCAAGAUGGUUUUUCAAAUAGAGAUAGAAAUUCUUCAAUCUUGCCGUUAUUUUAAAACCAUAUAUUUUUAGCUGUUUAUAGCUUUGAGAAUAUUGAAUUUAGAGAUUUUAAAAAAUUCAUGCAUAUAGUUUAAAUAUGAAUAUGUAUCCAAAAUUUUAUAUUUCUAUUUCAACAGCUUUCCUUUUAAAAAAUCAUAAAGUUUAAUCUUGAAAAUCAUUUUCUUAAUCAAAAUUCUUUUGUAAUUCCUUCGACAUUUCUAAUAGACUUGAGGUUUCUUCAAUACAAUCUCGAUAUUAGGUAUCGUUUGUAAUUUAAUCCGAAGUAUAUUGAAUGAAUACGAUUUAUUCAAAAUCUCGAAGUAAACAACUGUAACACGUGAUUUAUAAAUCACGAAGAGGUCUUCUGUUUUUAACAAUAGUGUAUUUGGGACACCUCGACUGUAGAAAGAUCGAUUUUCCGAUUGUCAAAAAUUAAAUCUGUCGUUUGGGAUUAAUGUGUAUCGUAAAGAACUAUAGAUCGAAUAUUCAGAAAAAAAGUUUGAAACACAACAGCACUGGCCGACGUGAGGACCGCUUAAUAUCGCAGGCGCUGUACCCACCGCACUUAUGAAAUACCAAAGCGAAAUGAAUACGCCCCUCGUCCACACGUUGACUCGCACAAUAAUUUGUGAUUAUACCGAUCCGGUGCUUCGAUCUUUAAACGUUGCCUCAUCGUUUCUUGUCUUUUUUUUUUCUUUUUUUAUCGCCAUGCAUCCGUGGACUGCGUAUUUUUAUAUAGCAAUUUCUUCGUUUCUCUUUUUUUUUUUUUUUAACAUGGCGCCGCCCUUCAGCGCCGGACGAUAACAAGUUUUUAAACAGAUCUGUAAACGUAAUUUAAUACACAUAUAAUUUAGUGUAGCCACGUCUUAUCAGUGGAUGAUCCGAGAGGUGCGUAAUAGCUUAAUUGAUAAUCUCUCCCGUUAAGGCUAAUGACACAUAUGGAUAUCGAUAAUAAACGAAUUUACAGGCUACAUUA